AUGACCCAGUCUAAACCCACCCAAAGCACCGCCUUAGGCACCUCGAGCCGCGACAAAUACACCGAUAAAGACGGCCAAUACCGGCCGCCAGUCUCCAAAUUCCGCGAUAUUAUCUCGCCCGAUCCGUCGGCUCCAUUCCCGGCAGAGAAGGACCGUUAUGCCUUGUACAUCCACUACGGCUGUCCGUGGGCGCACCGCACCAACAUCGUGCGCUCGCUCAAGGGGCUUGAGGAUGUGAUUCAGCUUAUUGUGCUUGAUGCCUUUGACCCGGCGAAGAGCUGGUACUUUUCUGGCAAGCUAGGGCCUGACAAAGAUCCACUUUACGGUGUCAAGUAUCUGAGAGACUUGUACAUGAGGGUAGAUCCGGAGUAUCAGGGACGGGUUACUGUGCCGACGCUCUGGGACAAGAAGAAAGAGACAAUUGUCAACAACGAAAGCAGCGAAAUAAUUCGUAUGUUCAACACCGCCUUCGAUGCCUUGCUCCCCGAAGAAAAACGCGAGUCUACAAAAGCCUCCGCCGGGCUCUUACCCCCGCACCUGCAAGCCGACAUCGAGGAGAUGAACGAAUGGGUCUACAAAAACAUCAACGCCGGAGUCUACGGGGCCGGCUUCGCGUCCACGCAGCAGGCGUACGAGGAGCACGUCUUCCCGCUGUUCAAAUCCCUCGACAGGCUGGAAGAGCAUCUUUCUCAACCGGGGCAUUCGCCCUACCUAUUCGGUGAACACAUCACCGAGGCGGAUAUUAGGCUGUUCCCUACCCUGGUGAGGUUUGACACGGCGUAUUAUACGCUAUUCAAGGUCAAUUUGAAGAUGAUUCGGCAUGAUUAUCCGAAGUUGCAUGAGUGGCUUCGGCGACUGUAUUGGGAUGAGAGUGAAAAGACGAAUGGGGCGUUUAAGAACACCACGAGGUUUGAGGAGAUUAAAUCUGGGUAUACACUGGCCACGCGGCAAGAGAUUGUUCCUGCAGGGCCGAUCCCAGACAUUCUUCCUCUAUGA